AGGAGAUCCGACGCAGAGUUCCGGCGAGUUACGUACAGCGGCAACCAAUAGGAUUCAAGCCUCGACAAGCUCCACCCUUAGGUCCUAACGCGAGGACCCCCCCUGGGGGCUGUCUAUAAUUUUGCCUGACUCAUUCUACUUCUUCCAGGUCUGUACAUGUCCAGUUCCGCAGUCCAACCUGCGCUUCGGCCUUUUGGCUCUGGGAAUGAAGCCUCCGACCGACGUCUGGCGCUCAUUCUGAAACAGUCGCGUCAGGCAGCGCGGCGGGCUGCCCGCUCGAAGUGGCUCGUAGGACCCCAGCAUGGCGGCAACUAGGCAUGCUGCGAGCUGGGUCUCCGCUCUGUGCAGCGCCCAGGCGGGUCGUGUAUGGUCCCGAAAGUUUUGCCUAACUACCUUUCCAGCAUCUUCUAUUUUGGCAUUGAAACCUGUUCUGAACAAUGGACUUUUGUCAUCAUCAGGUACUAGAGGCAACCACCUUCUCUCAUGCGUCACCCGAGCACUGCAGACUCAGUGCUGUAUUACUUCUUCUAGAAACUUGAUGGGCCAGCAGCAUAGAUCCUAUAGUUUCUUCACCAAAUUGACAGCAGAUGAGCUAUGGAAAGGUGCUUUGGCUGAGACUGGUGCUGGAGCAAGAAAAGGAAGAGGCAAAAGAACUAAGAAAAAGAGAAGAAAGGAUUUGAACAGAGGUCAAAUCAUUGGUGAAGGGCGUCAUGGUUUCCUGUGGCCUGGUCUGAAUGUCCCUCUGAUGAGAAAUGGAGCCAUGCAGACCAUUGCCCAGAGAAGCAAGGAAGAGCAGGCGAAGGUGGAAGCUCACAUGGUCCAGUUGAGAGAAGAGUGGGACCGGAAGAGGAAGAUGAAGAUUAAACGGGAGCGAGGAUGGAGUGGAAACCAGUGGGGUGGUGUCAGUCUUGGCCCCCCUGAUCCUGGUCCCAAUGGAGAAACAUACGAGGAUUUUGAUACCAGGAUCCUAGAGGUAAGAAAUGUGUUCAACAUGACUGCGAAAGAAGGAAGAAAGAAAUCUGUUCGGGUCCUGGUUGCUGUGGGGAAUGGCAGAGGAGCAGCAGGUUUUGCCAUUGGGAAAGCCACUGACCGAAUGGAUGCUUUCAGAAAGGCAAAGAACAAAGCAGCUCACUAUUUGCAUUUUAUAGAACGAUAUGAAGAACAUACAAUAUUCCAUGACAUUUCUUUAACAUUUAAACGAACACAUAUCAAGAUGAAGAAGAAACCCAAAGGGUACGGACUCCGCUGCCACCGAGCCAUCAUCACCAUCUGCCGGCUCAUCGGCAUCAAGGACAUGUAUGCCAAAGUCUCCGGCUCAGUCAACAUGCUUAACCUCACCCGGGGCCUCUUCCAUGGCCUGUCCCGCCAGGAAACCCACCAGCAGCUGGCUGAUAAGAAGAGUCUUCAUGUUGUGGAAUUCCGGGAGGAGUGUGGCCCUUUGCCCAUUGUGGUUGCCUCCCCCCGUGGGGCACUGAGGAAGGAUCCGGAGCCAGAAGAUGAUGUUCCAAACAUCAGACUGGACUGGGAAGAUGUGAAGGCUGCACAGAAAAUGAAGCAUUCUGUAUGGUCAGGUUUAAAGAGAGCCGCCACUUGAGCUGCUCGCUGCCCAGUACCCAAGGAGGCAGCGCCUUUCACCUGGGAAUGUUUUUUUUUUUUUUUUUUUUUUUUUUAUGGGAAAGCCCACCUUAGCUUCUUUAUUUACAAUAAUAAAUUAUUAUAGCUUUAAUAUG